AUGACGUCGCCCCUCGCCAUGACUUUGGCAUCCACGUCGUGGAGUCGUGCCUGUUUUGCCUUUGUCUUUGUUAAGUGCUUGCAAACUCCAAAUAGGAAAAGUAAAACCGGCCUUAUCCCCUCAUCAUUUCAAAAUCGGACGGUUUCAUUUCCAAGAAGUUUCCUUUUCCAAACCCCAUUUUGCAGAUAUCCAAAAAAACACAAGAAAAGAGUUCUCAUCCUUUCUUUCCUUUCACCGGGGCUGGAAAACUUGCUUCCGAUCCUCCUCAAUCCGGCUCUCACACCCGUUCAGCUUUCAUCGUCCUCAUCGUAUAACUCGGGACAACAUCUUCCAGGCCUCAGCUGCAAAAACCGUUCCAACCUCUACAUGCAGAAUCGAUCGAGAUACCAAAACUGUACCCAAAGCACUCCUAGCAACGAUUCCCGAUCCCAAUCUAGAAUGCAAUUCAUCAAAGGCCGCGUCAAAGUUUAUUUUAAUUCUCGCCCCUACAGGAGACCCUUGUAUAGAGGAUUUGAAGUUGUUGGAGGAGUCAAGGGAAAAAGAAGUGGUUCAUGAUUGAUAUCACCUUAUGCUGCUCUAUGCACCCAAGUUUUUGAAUUAAAACAAUCACUUUGUUGGUUAGGGGUUGAAAGUCCAUGAAUGUAAUUAUUGUGUGUUCUUUUAAGGUUUUUAUUAGAAAUAAUUUGUGAAACUUGAUGUUAUCGUGACACGUUUGUAAAUAAUUUGAAAUUAGAAGGAUAGUUGGUCCCUAGUUUUUUGUUCAAGCAA